GUCCGACCUGGGGGACUGGGGACCAGGCUCCUGCGAGACGGUUCAGGCAUUCUGGCUCCAGUGACCAAGCGCAGGGAGGACAGCUCUGACAGUCCAGCUGCAGUGCCUUGGGUGCGGGGGAACCCUUUGGGCAAUCCAGACUCGGGAAGCAGGGAUAUGGGCACUGUCCAGACAGGAUGGCCGAGGUGCAGGAUUGCCUGGAUGGUCCAGCCACAGUGACAAAUCCCAAGGUUGUUGCUUGGACAGUUCAGCCUCGGUCAUCAGUGCCAGCAGUGACAGCUCAGAGGAACACAGCCCUGGGUCCCAAGAAGCUGCAUGUUAUUUGGUGGGCAGAUAAUUGGGAAGGCAAUAGUAGCAGCUGCAUUGUCCGUAUCUGAGAACCUUUUUGUCCAUUCGUUGCAUUGUUACUUUUUACGAGCCGGUGAUCCCAGUGAGCCAGUUCUGUACCAAGUUGAUUGUAUUCGAGAUGGUAAGAGCUUUUCUGUCCUUGCUGUGAAAGCCAUCCAGCAUGGACAUUCAAUCUUAACCUGUCAGGCCUCUUUCCAUAAGAAAAUUGAGAGUCCAAUUCAGCACUAGUUUACCAUGCCUGUCGUUCCUGCUCCUGAAAAUGAUCUCAACGUCUCCAGCAGUUCAGCACGGAUUAUACUGAGGGCUCGGGAACUGGGGGAGAAUAAUGAGAAUGGGGAAGAAGUGGAGGCUAGUGUAACUGUAGAUCCAGAUUUAAUGGAGAAUUGUAAAAUGGGCCUGUGGAAAAUAUUGGCUGAGGAGGUCCCAAUUGAAAUCAAUCCAGUAGAUUGUUGCAUGCGUAUACCCAAGGAGCCUGUACAAUGUUUCUGGGUCCAAGCACAUGGUUAUAUAGGUGAAGGGAACAAGAAGCUGCAUUGCUGGUAUACCUCAGACUACUGCCUCCUGAGAACUGCAUUACUACCUCAUGCCCAGUACAGAUUAAACACGGCGUCCUUGGACCACUCGAUGUGGUUCCAUGCUCCCUCGGAUGAGUGGAUGUUGUAUGAAUGUGAAAGUCCCUGGUCUGGGGGCUGCAGAGGUCUGGUACAGGGUCACCUCUGGAAACAAAAUGGAGUUCUGGCUAUUUCAUGUGCUCAAGGUGGAUUCUUUUAUGUAAAACCAAACCCUACUGGAAGCAAACUGUGAUGAAAAAUUCCAUUUCCCAUUCAACCCACUCAACACUGGCUGGUGUGCUGAGUUUUUCCAGCAUUUUGUGUUUUCUACUUCGCCACAGCAGAGUUUUAUUUAACUGGAUUCUUCACUUACUGCAAUGAUGGGAGGGGAAUGUGUUUCACUUCGCGUGACACCAGACCGGAA